AUGGCAAACGCUUUCAAUAUUCAUCCCACCGGCCGUUUCAACGGUGAAAGCGAAGCUGUAAAGAGACCUAAGGAAAUAGCAUGCUUCUCCUACGAUGACAAGCACGAGUUUCAUCUAGAUGAUCGAUCAAUGCAGUGGUACUAUCCUCCCACUCUCGGGGCCGAUCUAUCUAAAGGCUUCGAUCAAUUUGAUAAGCAUGACAACUCCAAGGAUGAGCAUAUCGAUAGUCUUCUCAAGACGAUCAUGGCUCAUGAAGAAGAGGAAGGAAAGAAGAUUGAUGCGCAAGUCGUUACUUGGCGCGGUAUGAUGACCAAGAUCAUGUCGGCACCCUUCGAUGAUCGGGAUGGCUUCGAGAUGAAUGCUACCCUUUACCAAGAUUGCAUCUUCAUCGAAGAGAAUUUUGCUUAUGGUCAAGCUAAGCAACAAGAGCAGCAUCAGCAACAACAGUCGCGGCGGGGGCAGCAGUUCUCGCCAGAUGUCAUGACAUACUGGGGUUACAAAUUCGAGACACUGUCUUGUCUUCCGCGUCCCUGGGGGGAGGUCAAUAGAGAAACCAUUGAGAAUAGAGACGAGAAAAUCGUCAAUAAUAAAGCUCAGUAUUGCUCUGUAGUUCGCACCGGGAUUGGCAAGACGAUCUUGUGUCUAGGAGGGGAGGUCGAUGCCAUCUGGGACUCCAAGCCAAAAGAGAAAGGUGCACCAAUCAACUGGAUCGAGUUGAAGACUAGUGUCGAAAUUCGUGAUAACAGAAGCAUGCAGAACUUCGAGCGAAAGCUCAUGAAGUUCUGGAUUCAAUCCUUCCUACUUGGCGUACCGAAGAUAAUCGUGGGGUUCCGUUCUCAGCAAGGGAUUCUCACGAAGCUUGAAGAGAUUCAGACGGCUAAGAUCCCUGAGACGGCUGCGAAGCGAGGGGUUAGAAGCUGGAACGCAAAUGCGUGUAUCAAUUUCGCCAGCGCCUUCCUGGAGUGGCUGAGAAACACUAUCAACGAUGAGGGUGUCUGGAGAAUAAGGAGACAACCCCGUUCCGGGGCUAUUGAGGUAUUCAAAGUCGAGGAAGUUGGGCACGGAAUGAUUCUUACAGACGAGUUCAUAAAUUGGCGCAUAAAACUAAGUCUCAACAGCGGCAGCGGUAGUUCCUAA